GGGAGAGAGAAACAACGAGGAGAGGAGAGGGAGGAGCGAAAGUCAGACAGGAGACCAGCCAGCUACUAACCAAAUCUUUACCAGAACCAAAAAAACAGAACUCCAGUGCUACACGGACAGUUUUAUCUCCCAUCACUGUGGAACCGAGGAUCCACCGGAGGGACUGUUUGUGUGAGACUUUUUCAUGAGGAGACAUUUCUCUUUCCCCAAAUCUAAACCAAAGCAAACCCAGCCGAGGAGGAGGAGGAGGAAUAGGAGGAGGACACACAGAGAGACGGAGAGAGACACCGCGAGCUUUACGCACAGCUGUCUGGACACAAUGCAUGGAGUCUAAUUGUGUCUGUGUAACAUCCAAGGGAGAGCACCAGCUGCACUAGAUCCACAUGGGUGCCACGAUAACAGAAACCGUCCACUGUCCAGCCACCUGCAGCCUGCAUGGAUAACCACUGCUAGCUUUUAUUUGUAUCCCAAAGCGCCACAGUCGUCUCAGCGCAGCGUGAACGUGUGUGUGGUGUGUGUGUGCCGGACUACUUGACUCCGAGAAGACACAAGUAAGGGGACUGCUAAAACCGUGUGUGUGUAUGUGUAUCCCAGAGAUCCACGAAUCCAAAUGAACAGAGAUGUGAACCUGUGAGGCACGAGCUCAAUCCACGAAGCCAAAUCCGGAGUCUCUUUUUUCAUCCAAAAACCAAUCCAAAGCGUCUUGGACUGUCCACAAACCUGGAAAGCAUACGAAGAAAGAAAGGCCAAAGAAGGACAGAAGCUCGACGGAUAAGGAAGGAAGAAAAGUGAGACUAGAAUAAAAAAACGACGACCCACAGGUCGACAGAGGACCAUGUUUGUCCCCCUGCCGGUCCCCUUCGUCUUUCAGAGAACAGCGUCCGACUUCAGCGCCUGGAGACUCAAGUCCUCGCUGGCUCCGCGGUCCAGCCCCGAUAUCAGGAUGUCUAAAGCAGCAGAGGAGGAGAAGCCUGGGGCUGACUAUCCAGGGGACAGUUCAGACUCAGACAGAAACAGCCCUGAUCACAAGGUCCAGCCGAUGAAAUCCAGCCCCUACAGCAUCUCUCCCACACCGGCUGGCAGCAAGGUAAAGAGCGAGGAGAGCUCUGAGAUGACCCACAGCUCCAUUGCUCCUCCUGCACUUCCCUCCCAACAACAACAACAACAACAACAACAACAGCAGCAGCAGCAACAACAACAGCAGCAACAGCAGCAGCAGCAACAGCAGCAGCAGACGCAGCACCACCACACACAGCUGAUGCUGGCUGGCAGUCAGCUAGCAGGGCUUGCCGCUCUCCUCCCGGCUCAGCAGCAGCUGCUCCUCCAACAGGCUCAGGCUCAGCUCCUGGCGGCCGCCGUUCAGCAGUCAAACGCAGCUCACGCCGCUCACGCUGCCCACGCCGCUGCUCAGCAACAAGCCAACCAGCAACAACAACAACAACAACAGCAGCAGAUCCAAUCACAGUCCCAGCAGCAGCAGCAACAAACCAAACUGGAGCAGGCUGUCCAAGCUCCGCCUCCACCACAGCUGGCUCUGUCGCAGCCAAUCCAGCUCACUGCCCAGGACAUCCAGCAGCUGUUGCAGCUCCAGCAGCUGGUUCUGAUGCCGGGUCAUCAUCUCCAGUCUCCUGCCCAGUUCCUCCUGUCUCAGCCAGCACAGGCACAGCAGCCGCAGCAGGGUUUGCUCUCGACACCAAAUCUGAUCCAGCUACCUCAGCAAAGCCCAGGGGGGCUACUGACAACCCCUCCCCGUCUGGGACUCCAAGCACAGAGGGACAAGAGCGGUGAUGUUGUGAUCGGCGGAGGCAGCAGUAGCUCCAUAGUCGCCUCCGGCAGCAGCGGCGUUGUAACGUCUAUAGGAGCUACCUCGGCCUCCGGCAGCUCCAUAGCCUCCUCUCUGGCGUCCGGUAUGACUCAGGGAGGUCACGGGGGUCACCUGGGGGAAGAGCCCAGCGACCUGGAGGAGCUGGAGCAGUUCGCCCGCACCUUCAAACAGCGCCGCAUCAAGCUGGGAUUCACCCAGGGGGACGUCGGCGUGGCUAUGGGAAAACUGUACGGCAACGACUUCAGCCAGACCACCAUCUCCCGAUUUGAAGCACUUAACCUGAGCUUUAAGAACAUGUGCAAGCUGAAACCUCUGCUGGAGAAGUGGCUGAGCGAUGCAGAGACCAUGGCGGUGGACAGCAUGCUGCCCAGCCCGUCUUCUCUCUCCUCCCCCAUGUUGGGCAUCGAGGGUCUGCCAGGCCGACGCAGGAAGAAGCGCACUAGCAUCGAGACCAACGUGCGAGUGGCCUUAGAGCGCAACUUCAUCGCGAACCAGAAGCCUACCUCGGAGGAGAUCCUGCUCAUGGCCGAGCAGCUCAACAUGGAGAAAGAGGUGAUUCGUGUUUGGUUCUGCAACCGCCGGCAGAAAGAGAAACGCAUCAACCCCUCCAGCAGCACCACCCCUCCCCUGCCCAGCCAAACCUCCCCCGUUGUGACGCACAAAGCCCCCUGCUACAGCCCUCACCUGAUAUCGAGUCACGGUCUGUCCCAGGUCACCACCAGCCUCAGCACAACAGCUGCCAGCUCCUCUCCUUCAGCCUCCUGUCCCAUGACUCCCGUCAGCUCGGCCGCAGUUGGCUCCACCUCCUCUGCUGUGACUCCGCCCCCUCAUAGCACAGCCAGCCCCAUCCCUCAAAGCCUCGGGGGCCAUGUGCUCAACGCUGGCCCUGGCAGCCAGCGGCGGUCAGCUGCCGAUCUCCAGCCUGGAUGGGGGAGCAGCUCACAUGCUCCUUGGCGGACCCCGUGCAUCUCUCUUCCUGAACCACCCCAGCCUCCUCCCCAUGGUGACCUGCUCCAUGGCGACAGCCUCCACGCCCGCCAUUGGCCUGGUCAGCGGUAUCAACAGCGGCAUUGGUGCUUGCGGCCCGAGGCCCUCCUUCUCCCGAACUCCGCCCCAUGGUGCCAGCGACCUCAUAAGCCCGACUUCCUGCCCCGAGGAGUCCGUGUCUCCUUGUUCGAGUCCCGCCUCUUUCUGUUCCUUCAGCGAGGCCUCGCCGCCGCCUCUGGGAGGGGCCAUGGCCGAGUGAUCCCUGACUGACAGCCAAAGUAUCCUAUCAGAGGAGGAUGAGGAGGAGGAAGAGGAGGAAGCAGAGCUUUAAAAAUCCAAAUUUACAACCUCGCCUUUCAACCAAAGCCAUCUCUCUGUCUGAUCCAUCUCUGAUUUCAUCUCUCUCUUUCUGCGUCUCCCCGCUGAAGUCUUCUGAAGCCAAAAAUAUACACAGACGGAUGAGGGGAGGAAGAGAAGAGAGAGGGGGGAUGGAGAGGAUAGAGAGAACUGCAGAACGGAGGGGGGACACUUGAAACCAAAUAAUGAUCUACAGCUGGAGAGGUGGCACUGAGGAGUGUUUUUGAAACGAGCACCAAGCUUUUUAUUGGCUCGAGAGAACAAAAAAGUGACUGAGGGCAGGGAUGAGGAGCCAAACUGUGUGUGGAAAAAUGGGAGGCAGAAUGAAAAGACUUGUUUAACAAGCGUGGAAGGUCAUGUGGUUGCAACCAAAUAAAAAAAAAAAAAGAUAAGAUGCUUGAAGAGAAAACACACACUUACAAAGAUGAAAAACCAAAAUCUCCAAAUACCAAAAACUGAAAACCAAAAAGACAAAAAAACAACAAACGGAGAGAAAAGCUUUAGUUCAAAAAAAGACUUUUGCAUUCUGAUCGGUCCAGGAUCAGUCCAGUUCUCCACUCAGCUUCAUGCCAAACAUUUCCCAUUUCAGUCAUUCUUCACAUUUCUUUUUUUUUAAGACUUCAAAGAUCAUCUAUUUUUCUAUGAUUUUAUACUCAUCGCUCUUUGUUGUAUCUGAUGUUUUACAGCUGAUCCCACACGCAGGAUAUCUACCUACCUCUCUCUUUACAGCUUUACAGUGUGAACUUACAUUACAACACAACAGGCAGUGUUUGUUUUAGUCAGCUUGGUGCACCAGGCGGGUGGAGUUUACUACUAUAAUUAGUAGAGCAUCAGGAAGUUGCACCAUUUUAUACAUACUGUCCACAAAAUGAGCUUUACCAUGAGCGCCAAAGCUUUCUGACAUCUAUUAGAUACUAAGGUGAGGCAAACUCCACCUUUCUGGCAUGUAAAUGGGUUAAAAACAAACACACCUAUUGGAAAAUCUCAUUUGACCCGAGCCAAAAUUUUAAAAUGAGGUCAAUUUUUUUUAUUUUUAGCUGCUGAUGUCAGUUUUUGGGGGUUAUUUCCAUCAUCUCCUAUUUUCAUCACCACCUUUGUUCUUAUUGAUAUUCUCAUUGUGGUGUUUAAUUCCCACUCUAACCAAAGAUAACACUCUCCACAGUAUAUAUACUGCCUACAAAGAGGAUACACUUACACCACAGGCAGAUAUGAAUAGUCCUGGGAAUUUUUUUCAGCAAUAUUUGCUUUCUUUUAUUUAUGAUCAGCCCAUACACACCCACACCUUCAUCAUGUCAUCCUCCAGACUGCUCAUCGACCACCAGACAGUCACUCUUGGAUACCAAAGCAUCGCCUCUGGCAGCGUUGUCUCUGGAUUUCGCCCGGGAGACGAGUGUCCAGACAAAACCUCAGUAGUGUCAAAAGGAAAAAAAACACACACACAUAUAUACACACACUCACACACACAAACACACUACAAGCAUAAGAGAGAGUCCAAACCAAAAAAAAAGAACAAAAGAAAGAGGUGAAGCACCGGCGUUCCCCUUAACUGCCCCCAAACCCCUGCCCUCCAUCCCAUCUGCCCCCUCUCUUUUGUCUCCAAAGAUCACAUCAAAGGGCCAAAAGAAAAAAAAAA